AUGGCCACUCAGUGCUCAUCGCCCAUCCUGCCUCAUCUCUCCCGCCCAUCUUUCCUCCUCGCCCAACUUGUCUUUUACCCGCCCUCACCCACAUAUUCUUCUCUCACUCCCUCUGCACUCCUUAUAAUGUCCAUUGCCAUGUCUUCCCUGCAACAGGCAGAUGUCACAUUCCUGGCCAAAUUGGCUCUGCAUGAAUCUGCAGUUGGCCUUGUCACCGAUUGCACGAAUUGUGGGGGUACAGUUCCAAUCACCAUAUGUCGGAGCAAUGUGAAUGGGAACUCAGGGAAGCCAAUGGCCAGGUAUCAAUCAUGUUCCUUCUUCCACUGGUUCCCUCAAAUUCUAUCACAUCCAGACAUCAUGGCCCUCCUCCCAUCAUCAAGUCAUUCCCCGAGUCUUACCAGUUCUCAGCCAGCACCUUCUAUCUUUAUGAGCGGCACUAGUGCUGCUUCCGCCACUCAUUUCCCUUCAACACAACCUCUUGCCUCAACUGGCAAUGGCAAGAAGUCACGCAAGCGAGGCAUCAAAUGCAACAGUGCCUUUUGCCAACGAGCGAGUGCGCUGCAUUGCCCGCAUGCAAAGUGCCUCACCCAUUGUAUCGAGGAGGUGGGAGGAUGUCCAGUGCAUCUCACUGAGACAGAUAACCAGCAGCAGCACCCUAUCGUGCAGCAGGAGUGGAAUUGGGACUAUGAUCAGGAGGAUACUCUUAUGCUUCCUGCUGAGGAUACUCUUGCGCUCCUUGCUGAGCCCUACUGGCAUGAUGAUGGAGUUCAGACGAACGACAGGCUGAGAGCACUUCAACAUGCACUUCAGUCUGUUGGCGCUGGAUGGCCUGCUGUGUUCCCAUUAUUUCAUGAUAUUUUGAUAGCUCCUACACCAUCACAACCACCCGCGCCAACAACACAACCACCUGCGCCAUCGCAACCACCCACACCAUCGCAACCACCCACACUAUUGCAACCACCCGCGCCAUCCCAGCAGUCUCAUCUGCCCCCUCUGUUGCAAAUCACCCAUCUGCCAAUACACUCUCAGCAUGGUGACACCUUAGCUCCACAUGCCUUCCCAGUUCAUAAGCUGUUGAAGCCUCCGCAUAUAACCAAUCAACUUGACCCAAUGUGGACAGGUGACCUCAAUGAGAUGGAACGAGCUUCCAGGCAGCGCUUUGUCUUGUACUGGUUUGAUGCUGACAACACACCAGUGUCAAUGCAGUGGGCUGUUCACUGCCCAUACUUCCCACAAUAUCAGCUCUCAGAUGAUCCCGCCCUUGUCAACUCCCUUGGCAGCAACAUUGAAAAAAUUGAUGUUUUUGAGGAAAGCUUCAUGCGUUGUAUUCCAUCAAUGCCACCCAGGCUGCCACAUCUUCAUACGACGUCAUGGUGUCACCGAGGUAAGCGUGAUAGCAUACACAAGAAGAUGAAGCAACAACAGACAUCCACCCCGGCUUCAUCAUCGGACGUCGAGAUUCUUGAUGACAACACACAACUUACACCUGAGCUCAAGAAGACAAAGUGA